AACAGUCAGCUGCUGCGGUUCGGUUUCAGAGAGACGUGUCGGUAUUUGUUUUGUUUUCAGUCGCUUAGUUUGGAUCAGAAACGAUAUUGGAUGGUCGCCUUUCCUCGUUUUUUUGCCUUUGCAAUCCAGGUGGACUCUCAUUAUUAUGUUUUUCAGCCUGAAGUCAUGGAGUGUGUAUUAUCGUGGGGCAGAAAGGGGCUUUUAAAUCUAUCUUUGCCCCACUCCAUCGACUGAUCUUCAUCACAUACCCAUACUGAGGUUGGAUUUGAUUUAAAACCUGUUUUUUAUUACUCUGGAUUUCAAAGUGAUCUCAGAUACAUAAAAAGCGUAUUGCUUUUUGUGGAUACAAACAAUUAAAAAGACUAACUUAUUUUUUUAAAAAGCAAAACAAUGGAGGCUGUAAUUGAAAAAGAGUGCAGUGCUCUUGGUGGACUUUUUCAGAGCAUUAUCACAGACAUGAAGAGCAGUUAUCCGAUCUGGGAGGACUUCAUCAGCAAAGCUGUGAAGCUGCAGUCUCAGCUCAAGACAACCGUUGUUGCAGUCGCUGCAUUCCUGGAUGCCUUUCAGAAAGUGGCUGACCUGGCCACCAGCACACGAGGUGGUACCAGAGACAUCGGUUCAGCUCUCACCAGGAUGUGUAUGAGACACAAAAGCAUUGAAGCCAAGCUCCGGCAGUUUUCAGUGGCCUUCAUCGAGUGUCUGAUAAACCCUCUACAGGAGCAGAUGGAGGAAUGGAAACGAGGGGCAAACACACUUGAUAAAGACCACGCUAAAGAAUAUAAGAAGGCUAGACAGGAGAUCAAGAAGAAAUCUUCAGACACCCUUAAACUGCAGAAGAAAGCAAAGAAAGCAGCCGAUGCCUUGGGGAGAGGAGACAUCCAGCCACAGCUGGACAGUGCCAUGCAGGACGUCAGUGAUAAAUACCUGCUGCUGGAGGAGACGGAGAAGCAGGCGGUCAGGAAGGCUCUGAUUGAGGAGAGGGGACGAUUCUGUGCCUUUGUAUCUAUGCUUAAACCUGUGGUGGAUGAGGAAAUGUCUAUGCUGGGAGAGAUCGUCCACUUGCAGACCAUUGCUGAUGACCUGAAGGCUUUGACCAUGGACCCCCACAAACUGCCACCGGCAAGCGAGCAGGUCAUACAUGAUCUGAAAGGUUCCGACUACACCUGGUCCUAUCAGACUCCUCCAUCCUCUCCCAGUACCACUAUGUCCAGGAAAUCUAGUAUGUGCAGUCUGAACAGUGUGAACAGUAGUGACUCCAGAUCCAGUGGGUCGCAUUCUCACUCCCCUUCCCCACACUAUCGCUAUCGCAGCUCAACACUGCCCCAGCAGGCCCCGGCGCGCCUCUCCAGCAUCUCUUCACAUGAUUCGGGCUUCAUCUCGCAAGAUGCCUUCCAGUCCAAGUCACCGUCCCCCAUGCCCUCUGAAUCUGCUCCACAGACUACCUCCAGCUCUGCCUCCUCUGAUGGUUCUGAGACCUGUCAAUCAAUCAGCGAGUGCAGUUCUCCCAGUUCCAUUGGCUCAGGUGGAGACACUGCCUGCUCAGAGAAGUUAUCAAAUGGCUACGAUCAUUACGGGCUGGGAGAGUCAACGUACCUGAGCGGAGGGGGUACAGGAGGGAUUUUUCCUUUCUUUCCCCCUCCCUCCUCCAUUUCCUCUUCCUCCUCCUCCUCCACAUUGCGCUCAUGGUCACGCCCGGGCUCAACUCUCCUGCCCGAUUACCCCCAUUAUUGCACCCUGGGCCCAGGCAUGAUCCCUUCCUCCAAAGUCCCCAGCUGGAAGGACUGGGCUAAACCAGGUCCUUAUGAUCAGCCUAUGGUGAACACACUAAGGAGGAAAAAGGAACCAAAGGAAGCAGUGGACACAAAUGGUAGUCCAAAUGGCACUGUCCCCUCCUCUCAGCCAAUCACGGGCAAUUCUCCUCCUGAAGACGCCCAGGGAGCGAGGAGUAUGACUGCCGCACCAAAGGUGGAGGACACGGAGGCUCAUGAGGAGCUGGCACUGGCUCUGUCCCGUGGGCUACAGUUGGACACUCAGCACUCCAGUAGAGACUCUCUGCAGUGCUCCAGUGGCUACAGCACUCAGACAACAACACCCUGCUGCUCAGAAGACACCAUUCCCUCCCAGGUGUCUGAUUACGACUAUUUUUCGGUGAGUGGUGAUCCAGAUGGCGAUCAGCAGGAUUUUGACAAGUCAUCAACCAUCCCACGCAACAGUGACAUCAGCCAGUCCUACCGCAAGAUGUUUCAGGCCAAGCGUCCAGCUUCCACAGCUGGUCUUCCCUCCACGCCCGGCCCCGUCAUCAUCACUCCCGGAGUGGCUACAAUCCGCCGCACACCCUCUACCAAACCCUCCGUCCGUAGGGCUAACAUGGGCAUUGGCCCUAUUCCCAUCAAAACCCCAGUCAUCCCAGUGAAGACGCCAACUGUACCAGAUCUUCCAGGCGGUUUCUCCAGCCCACUAGGGGGCAGCAGUGAAGAAGGAGAGGAACCAGCCAGCCCUGACUCACCCAUCCUAGGAGAAGACGGUGAGCCGGUGGGCAUCCUGCCUGUGGCGUCCUGGAGUGGGCAGGCCUCCACUAACCCUCCUUUUCAGCCUAGACCCCAAGGCUCAGCCGGAGGUUUGGGUGGACUUGAAGAAGACCCAGAAGACUUGGACUCAGCAGACCCACAGUGCGACUCCAUGCUUCUGGCCAUCCGUAGAGGAGUCAAGCUAAAGAAAACCAUGACCAAUGACCGAUCUGCGCCACGCAUUGCGUGAUAGAGCAUAAAGAGUCCUUAAGACUUAAGUAACAUGUAUUAAUACUGUGUAAAGACUGUAUUAAGAUUGUUGUUGAGCCUUAAUAGCGGGGCUGGAGAGGACACUUAUCAAGCACAAGCUUGUUCGUUAACAAUGCAGAUAAACUGACAUCUGUUGAUGUUGGUACAAGCUGUGCGUGUGGGAUGUGAUUAGAUCUUGUUCAUGCCACAGACUAUAUUUAAAGCAAUAUUCCGGGUUCAAUACAAGUUAAGCUCAAUCGACAGCAUUUGUUGCAUAAUGUUGAACUUUUAAUUUUUUAUUUUGACUUGUCCAUCAUUUAUAAAAUAAAAAAAAAAAGAAUGGUGGUUACAGUAAGGAAUUUCAAUGGAAGUGAAUGGAGCCAGACCAUAAACGUUAAAAUACAAACUGUUUUAUAUGUAUACGUGUUAACAUGAUUUUUAAUGAUACGGUUUGUAAACGAUUUUAUCACACUAAUGUUUGGGUCGUGUGGCUAUACUUUUGAAACAGUGUUACACAUUAACAUUUAUGGACUGGCCCCAUUCACUUCCAUUGUAAGUGCCUUAUUUUAACCACCAUUUUUAAUCAACAUUAUGCCACAAAUGCUGUCGAUUGAGCUUAACUCGUAUUGAACCCGGAAUAUUCCUUUAAUAGUCAACCUGACCUGACUUAUCAACUCAUCGUGUCCCAUUGAGUUGCGAUGAGGAGUUAAGAGUCCUUUUGUCACAAUGUCAAAAGAGUUUUAUUUGCUGUUCUGUUUGUGUUCCAGCGCUAUUAUGUUCUGCAAUAGUUUUAUCAUUUAUAUCUUAAUGAAUAACAAGCAUGCAGCCUUACCUUGGUAACUUCAGUUGAUUUAGUCUUAGGCCAACUUAACCUACAAAAACUACGUUUAUCUUGUUUAUUCUUAGUUACAGCAUUAAUUAUAAUUCUUUCGAUUAUUAAUUCCCAUCUUGGAUAUACUUUAAUUUUAAGCUUUAGCAGAAAAAAGUACUUUUAUCUAUUUGUAUGAAAAUGUAAAUAUCGACAAAGGAACCCACAGAUUUAAUUUAUUUCUCUUCAGCACUCUCUGCUUUAACCCUUAACCAGAUAAGCUUUCAUUUAUGCGGUGCAAGAUUAUUUUGUAUAUUAUGUUAAUAUAGAACAAGGUUAAUUAUUUGACAAAAGCACACAUGAUCUUACACUCGCUUCUUGUUUCCAUAUUACAGAACACAUGAACGUCUCUCCCUGUGGCAAAUCUCAGUUUGUUAGAUUUGUGGAGCAACUAAAUGCUGAUGCAAGCAAGUAUACUAGCAGUGCUGUGAUAGUAAGACGUAUACUCAGUUGAUUAGGGAAGCAGUGGUUAAUGUUCGGUGUGGUGACCUUUAUGUAUUUCCAGUUAAAUACUUUUUUGUUCAAGCAUUGCACAGUAUAUUUGUGUACACGUUUAAAAAUGGCAAACUAGGCCUGCGAACCUGUCAUGAAGUCAUGCACUUUAAAGCAAAGACAUGUUGAAUCUGACAAUUUCCCAGGAUAUGUAACAUACAGUUGAACAUAUAAAGGAAAAACAUUUUUUUCCAUUACCAGUACAUGAUAAUAUGGUGUAGCAUGUCUUAUUGUACCAUCUACAUCCAGCAAGUGUCAAUGCUGUGUUCGAGUGACUCAUUUUCAUUGAAUAGAAAGCAGCUGCCAGUCCUAGUACAAGCACAUUAGAGUGAGGUGAGAUGGAUUUGUUAGUAGUAUGAUUUAAGUCCUUAAUCAUUUCAGUCUUUUUUUGGUCCCCAAACCAUCUUAAUAGCAUUUAACAUACUUUUUAACUCCUUUAUUUAAUUCAAGACUUAUUGGAGUGCAGUGGAGCAAAACUGUGUUCAGUGUGACAUUGUUCAGAAAAUCACAUCCUCUGUGACGUACAUUUGAAUCUUUCAGGUUUUGUAUUAUUACUGUUGUUGUUGUUGGUGGUGCUUUUUUUUCCUGUUGUAUAAAUUUUUUAAUUCAUAAUCCAGUUGAGGCCAAAAGGUACACCGAGGGGGGUGAAAAAAGCACACCAUACAGUUAGAAGACUAAAAUUAUUCAGGGGCAGCACAUAAUUUGUAGCCCUUUUUCAUUUUAAUUUGAGUAUUAUUGUACAGAAUCCUAAAAUGAUGUAAGAUAUUUCAUUAUCAAAUUCAAAUUUACACUUUUCUGACAAAGGAAGAGAUCAUAAUUGUUUCCUCUCAGUGAACCAGCUUUAGUAAUAUUGUCUCAAUACAAUGGUGUACAAUUGUGAAAUUACUAUCAAAUUAGCAGAUGCUUAACCUGCAUAUAAUCUCGAUACACAAAUGUUUUAAUAUUGUCCAUGUACAAACGUUUAGUUCUAACCAGCCGUUAUUUUAGUUGACCACUAUCUAGAUAUUUAAUUUCACAGUAUUUCUAGAUAUUCCUUUUUUUUUUUUUUUUUAAAGCUACCAAAUUGUAAGCCGAUUGCUAGCAAAAAAUAAAAUAAAAUAAAAACUUUUCUUGCUUAUUGUAAAGGCUGAUAUCUAGUAUAAGUUUGGUACUAGAAACAAACAAAACCUUAGUAUGAGUAGUUUGUAUUGAGAGCUGUUCUCAACACUGUGCCAUUUAUAAAAUCACUUUCUGUAUGCUUUUCUCUGUAUAAUUACUGCUGCAUACAUUAAAUAUAAAUUAGUUAUUGAA